AUGCAGGAAGAAGAGAAUAAAGAUAGGACGAAAACUGAGGCUCCCAAGACCAAGAGCUUUGAAGCAAAAAAAAUGAUAAUCAUCUCGAGUUUGGUAUGUGGAAGCCUUGCAUUUCUUCUUUGGGGGAUUUUAAGAUUUCCUAGAAAAUUUGGAAUUACAAAGAUCUUUAAAAAGAAGGCAUGCUUGGAUGAUGAAAGGACAUGCCCACAAGGUUGGAUACAAGUCAACAAGAAUUGCUUCUUUCACUCUGAACAUGAGACAACUUGGCUUAAUGGAAAUGAAACCUGCAAAGUGUAUUUCACAUCUCUAGCUUAUAUCAACAAUGAGAUUGAAAUGGAUACGUUGAUGGAGUCUAUGAGUUACCCUUCAUAUUGGAUUGGACUGAACAAACUCAAUCCACAAAAAAUCUGGAAAUGGGCAAAUGGAAAUCUAUUCAAUAAUUGGUAUGCUGUGGAAGAAGGUGGUGAUUGUGCCUUCCUACAUGAGAAAGGCAUUAACAGUACCAAUUGUGAUGAGAUAAAAGGCUAUAUUUGCAGCACAAAAAGCUACUGUCCUUAG